AGCCAGUUAUUCAGUGGUGUCUGAGACCUGAGAGAGAGGUGAGGUUCGCUGUCACAACUGGAGCUGUUAAGCGAGCAGUUGGUGCUGAAGUCGGGAUUGAACCGACGUUUUAACUAGGAAGAUUUCGUUAUCUUAAAAGGAUUUAACAAACCUAUUUACUUCACUCACAGUCACACCGUUUCUGUCAGCGGCAAAAGACUGGAUUGGAUCAAUCUUUUCAACUCGCUGGAGAAAUUAUUUUGUUGGAAUACUUUGUGACAGGACUGUCAGGUAAUGUUAAUGAAAUACCAAUGAGGACACUUAAGUGGUGGUCAGCAAUUUUAUUGCUUGGAGUUGCCUUACUGGUUAUAGAGGGAAGGCCAAGCAAGGAUGGAUUUGACCCGAAACCCUAUCAGCCUCUAAUGAGAUUGCGACACAAGCAAGAUGGAAGUGCGGAGAGAUUACGGAUUAAAGGGUACUUCGGUCAGGAUGGCCAUUUUGGAGGCUGUGAGAAUAAGUACUGUGGUUUGGGGCGACACUGCAUUGUUAACAGGGAGACUGGACUGGGAGAGUGUGCCUGCAUGGAACGCUGCAAACCUCAUUAUAAACCAGUCUGUGGUUCAGAUGGGGAACUCUAUGAAAACCAUUGCGAGCUUCAUCGCGGUGCCUGUUUAAAGAAGCAGAAGAUCACUAUUAUUCACAGCGAAGACUGCUUCUUCAAAGGUGACAAAUGCAGGACAUCUGACUAUGGCCAACUAAAAAAUAAGAUGCUUGAUCUGCAGAACCAGAAGUAUGUCAGACAAGGAAAUGUGGGGGAAAAUGAAGACAAAAUGUCCCUAAAGAAAGUGCUCGUAGACCUGAUGUUUAAAUACUUUGACUCGGACAACAGUGGUCUUGUCGACAGCAACGAGCUGUCACAGGUAAUAAAACAAGAAGGACUGGCUAAGGAUCUCUCGAAGUGCACUUUGUUUGAUCUGUUGAAAUACGAUGAUUACAAUGGUGAUAAGCAUCUCUCAAAGGAGGAGUUCUACAGGUCAUUUGAGGUGCUUCAGCUGAGUCUGCAGGAAGACCAGAAAAUGAGCAUCACCACAGCAACAGUUGGACAGAGUGUGGUCCUGACAUGUGCCAUUCAGGGAACUCAGAGGCCCCCAAUCUUAUGGAAGCGUAACAACGUGGAGCUAAACACCUUGGAUCUAGAAGAUAUAAAUGAUUUUGGAGAUGAUGGGUCGCUGUAUAUUACCAAGGUUACCACAACCCACAUGGGUAACUACAGCUGUCAUGCAGAUGGCUAUGAGAAGCUGUAUCAGAUUCAUAUUCUCCAAGUGAAUGUUCCACCUGUCAUCCAGGUCUACCCAGAAAGCCAAGCCAGAGAGCCAGGUGUAACUGCUAGCCUCAGGUGCCAUGCAGAAGGCAUCCCUAACCCUCAACUUGCCUGGUUGAAGAAUGGCAUUGAUAUAACACCAAAAUUAUCAAAACAGCUAACUUUACAGGCAAAUGGAACUGAAGUACACAUAAGCAAUGUGCGUUAUGAAGAUACAGGAGCAUAUACAUGUAUUGCAAAGAAUGAAGCUGGAGUGGAUGAAGACAUCUCAUCUCUAUUCGUUGAGGAUUCUGCCAGAAAAACACUUGCAAACAUACUGUGGCGAGAAGAAGGUCUAGGGGUUGGAAAUAUGUUCUAUGCAUUCUAUGAGGAUGGAAUUAAGGUCAUCCAGCCUGUGGAAUGUGAAAUUCAGAGACAUAUAAAGCCAAGUGAAAAACUACUAGGAUUCCAGGAAGAAGUUUGCCCCAAGCUGGAGGGUGAUGCCUCUCAGAGAUGUGCCUGGGCCUCUGCUGUGAACGUCAAAGACAAAUACAUUUAUGUCACACAGCCAUAUCUGGACAGAGUGCUCCUUAUUGAUGUCCAAUCACAAAAAGCUGUGCAGUCUGUGAGUACUGAUCCGGUUCCAGUGAAACUUCACUAUGACAAAUCCCAUGAUCAGGUCUGGGUUCUCAGUUGGGGAGAUAUGAAGAAGACCACACCAACACUUCAGGUGAUAAACCAGGCCAGUGGGAGUGUGUCCCACCACACCAUCCAUACCCAGCCAGUUGGCAAGCAGUUUGAUAAAGUGGAGGAUUUUUUUAUUCCAGCCACAACCCUCAUCAUUAAUCACAUCAGGUUUGGAUUCAGUCUUCAUAAAGAUGAACCUGCUCUUCAUAAAAUUGACCUUGAGACCAUGUCCUAUGUAAAGAAGAUUAGCCUGAAAGACUAUAACUGUGUACCAAAGUCCCUGGCAUACACCCACUUGGGGGGAUACUACUUUAUCAACUGCAGGCCUGAUUCAACCAAUGCCAUGAAACCUCAGCUCAUAGUUGACAGCGUUACUGACUCUGUGAUUGGCUACAACAGUGAUGUUACUGGCACCCCCUAUAUGUCUCCUGAUGGACACUUCCUUGUCAGCAUCGAUGAUGCAAAGGGCCUCAUGAGGGUCCAGUCCAUUACAAUUCGAGGGGAGAUCCAGGAAGCCUUUGACAUCCACACUAAUUUGCACAUCUCAGAUGUGGCUUUCCAGCCUUCCUUCACUGAGGCCCAUCAGUACAAUGUGUUUGCUAGUUCAGGGUUACAGACGGAUGUGCUGUAUGUGGAGCUAGCCUCUGGUAAAGUAAAGAUGGUGAAGAGCCUGAAGGAGCCUAUGAAAGGGGUGGAGUGGCCCUGGAAUAGUAAAAACCGCAUGAUCAUGGACAGUGGUCUAUUUGGUCAGUACUUGAUGACACCUUCAAGGGAAUCUUUGUUCAUUCUGGAUGGUCGGCUAAAUAAGUUAAACUGUGAGAUCACUGAGGUAUUUAAGGGAAACACGGUUAUGUGGGUUGGGGAAGCAUAGAAAAUUCCUGUAACUUUUGAUUUAAGGGUAACAUUGCACUCAAUCUGCUCUUAACAGUACACCCUUUUCCUUUUUACAGUCCAUAAUAUAUAUAUAUAUAUAUAUAUAUAUAUAUAUAUAUAUAUAUAUAUAUAUAUAUAUAUAUAUAUAUAAUGAACUACAUAUACAAGCUGUUUUGCUGGAACAACCAAAAGACCUUUACUAAAAUUGGACUUGGAGCCUACAUAAAAAAAUAAAAAGUAAUUUGGAAGAAAAAUGGCUGUUUGAAUUUUUAUAUUGACAAAAAAUUUGGAGCCAAAUGGAAUCAUUAUUUUCAAGAAGAGGGCUCGAAAAAUGUGAGAGCGAGCAAUUCUGUAGCAACUCAAAGAUUAACUGCAUAAAAUACUAAUCGAAAUAAUGUAUCUUUAGCUGCUGGGAGUUUUGAACUGCCAUACUAAAAUCAAUUUAUGACUUGUAUAUCCAAUUGAUUUUUCUUUUGGUUUGAAACGAUGGGGGUGUGGGGAGUGUUGUUCCACCUUUCAUGUUAAGAAUUUUAACAUCAGAGUACUGGCCUGUCCCUGUCCAUUAUUUAAUCUUGUUGUUGUGCCUUCAAGAAACACACUUACAAGAGGUGGAACAAAAUAAUAUAAUUAUUCCCAUUGAGGUUAGAUUGCUUGUCACAAGGAGAGAAACGUUUCAGAUCUCAACUGUUUACUAUCCAUCAUGCUGAGAGAUAGUCUAUAUUGUUUAAAAUACAAGAGUGAAGGAAAAAUCCUUUCAUGAAUUAAUGACAUCCCUACUGAGUCCCAUACUUGUUUGAGUAGGUAACAAUUAAUGAUUUGAAUUAGCUAUGUUUUGGUAUUGCUAUUGUAAAACCACUAGAUAUACCAAAAACAAUAUGCAAAUAGAUAUGCUAUGUGCAUUUAAAAACAAGCUGUACUUUUGGAUGGUAUAUAUGUAAACAGAUUCAAAAGAUGUUUGUGAGUGACAACAUCCCAUUGAAAAAGUUAUUUUGAGAAAAAAACUAACGUUUUUAGUUUUAAAAUUUGAUUGGAAUGUUGUUGUCACUUUUUAACUUUGAAUCAAUAUUUGGCCACUCAGGGCUAGUACUGACUGCAUCUUAUAUAUUAUUUGAAUAUAUGCGGUGGACAUCAUCGGUAAUACGCAUUCUAUUGGGUAUUUUCUAUAGACAUUUAAUGUUAAGAAGGUUUGAGGUAGAAUAAUAGCAGCACUUCGUUAUCAUGUAUGAUGUAUGGUUACAUUUUAAAGAAACGUCUAGCUUUGUGAAAAAACUGCAGUUACAAGAGCUCUGUUAUUUUGAACAUGUGUAAAACAUAGGAACCUGUUGUCAGAAAACAUUGCAAAAAUAACAGCAAUGUUAAGGUUGAGUUUUUCAACUUAUUUUCUUUAAAUACCUUCGACUCUUACCUUUGUGACUUGUUUGGAAAUGCUAUAAGCACACUACAGUACGGUAUGUGCUUCGUAGAGUAAGUCUCCCCUGAAUGGGUGUAGUCUAUGCAUUGUCAUUCUUAAAGCCUGUCUAGAUUAGGGCAUUUUAGGAUGAACCUUUUCAAAUGUAAUAAUGUUGCUUAGUAUGUGUAGGGCUUCAAAUUUAAACAACUCCCAAGUGUAAGCCUGUUAAAUGGUUGCCGAUUAAAAAAAAAAAAAAAAACAUUUUUAAAGUAACCUAUUAAGGCUAUUAAAUUGUAAAGGCAAUCAUUCAAAAAAUUGAUCUUUUUAUAAUAUUUCCUUUAACAUAGAAUAUGUUUCCUCAUAACUUCACAGCUUUUUACUAAUAUGUCUUGUGACCUAUAAUUUUAUAGUUAUGUCAUAUAAAUAGCAGCGACGUGAGCUGUGUGAUAGACCACUUGUUAGUUUGCAGAAAUGUGCUUGAGUCAGUUCUACUGGGGAAAAAAAAAUCUUUGUAAUUUCUAGAAACUGAAUUAAAUCCCUUUUUUAAGAAAAACAAAGCAAUGACAUUUCUCCAUGAGUGAUCAUGUAAAAUGUGAUAUCUCUUAAUAAACCAUUAAGUCUGUCAUGUACAUUCUAGCCUUGUAUGUAAAUCCAUGUGGAUGUUCUGUAAGUAGAAAUUGCUUGCCACUGACUGAAGAAUAAAGCUCAUACCUUUUAAAAAAAAA